UGUCGUAGCUCCGAAGCGCUCCAGCUUCCUCAAACUCUGCGCCUGCGCCCAGUUCCUUAAAACCACGCCCACUCGCUUAGAGAACCUGUGUUCCGUAUUGUGCAGAGCGGCUUCCGGUUUGGUUGGCAGGUUCCGGCAGGGUGUAGUUGCUGUGCUGGAUCAAGGCUGAAACUCUCUUGCCACGAUGCCAUUCCUCCAUGGCUUUCGGAGGAUUAUAUUUGAGUACCAGCCUCUGGUGAAUGAGAUCCUGGGAGCACUGGGGAUACAAGACCCUGAACAGCUGGGGGCAUCGGACAACAGCAGCAGCCUCCUGGUUGGGGAGAGCGAGAAGUUGCUGGCUCUGAAUGGGUUACUGGAGAGACAUUCCCAAUCUUCCUAUUACAAGGAGGGAGUCAGUUAUUCGCUGCUGAAGGUGGCCGAGCUCGGACUGGUUCCGCCAGCCAAAAUCCUCCUACAUUACGGGGCGGAUCUCAGCUUUGAGGAUCCGGUGACCUACUACACAGUGCUACACAUCUCCGUACUGAGAAACCAGCCCGAAAUGGUGGAGCUGUUGGUGCAGAGUGGAGCUGAUAUUAACAAGAGGGACAGGAUCCAUGAAAGCAGUCCACUGGAUUUAGCUAGUGAAGAAUCAGAAAGACUACCGUGCCUGCAACGCCUGCUAGAGCUCGGUGCAGAUGUAAACGCAGCUGACAAAAAUGGGAAGACUGCAUUAUUACACGCGCUGGCCAGCAGUGAUGGGGUUCAGAUCCAUAACAUAGAAAACAUCCGCCUGCUGCUUGAAGGGGGUGCCAACGUGAAGGCCACGACCAAGGAUUACGACACUGUGUUCUCAUGCAUCAUCUUCCUGCUGGGCAAGACAAUGGGAUGUGACCAGGAAGAAGCCAAGCUGAUUAAUCACUUCUGCUUUCGAGUCAGUCAGCUGCUCAUGGCCCAUGGUGCCGACCCCAGCGAGUGCCCGUCCCACGAGUCCCUGACCCACACGUGCCUCAAGAGCUUCAAGCUUCAUUUUCCAUUACUCCGCUUCCUUCUGGAAUCUGGAGCCUCGUACAAUUGCUCCCUACAUGGACCAUCUUGCUGGUCUGGCUUUCACAUAGUCCUCGAUAGGCUGUGCAGUUACCUUCGCACUUGUGGUGACUGUGAUUCCAUGGACCUGCUGCAGAAAGCAGAAUAUGUCCUGGACCUUAUGAUAGCCCAGUCCCCUCAAGUCAAACUACCGAGGAACUUUGAGAUAAACACAGUGGGGUGCAGCACCCAUGCAGACAAAGUGGCUGCAAUGCACCAGUCCCUGAUACAGCUGGAGCAUUCCCCUCCCACACUGAAACACUUAUGUAGGGUGUUCAUACGCCAGAGGCUUCAACCUUGGCCCGUGGAUGUAAAAGUGAAAGCACUCCCCCUCCCUGACAGGCUGAAAUGGUAUCUACUUAUCAAUCACUCCUCCCUCAGUUCUAAUGAGGAGGAUUUAUAAUGGGAAGGCUUAUUGCAUUUAACAAAUGCAACAAUAUGAACCUGUAGCAUCUAAUCAGACUUGCUUUCAUUAAGGUGUCUGGAUAAGCACACCCAUUCGCUCCUUCAGCCUCGCCCAGAUCCUCCGUAAUAACGAGGGCGAGGUUAGCGGACGACAUGUAAGUGGCAGACCCAUGUCUUUGGCUUAUUACUCCAUAUUUAUUAUAUAUAUAUGUCCCAUGGGGAGGGAGUGGGUAGAACUUGCAGCAAAGAUUAUAGUAAGAGAAACCACUUGUGCCAAUGUCUGUUGCAAAUUACAAGCAUCAAGGAUCCUCUUUCCAGCAUUGCCUUGUGUGAGUGCUUGUUCUCAUCCUGUAAUGUUUGCUGCAACUCCUGGCCUGUGGACACACACACAACCAAUACAAUGAUGACUUGCUGUAGCUGUUGGGAGAAGUAAAGCCAAUCAGGCCUCAGAUAUUAACAAUGCUUUCACCCUAUUGGCCAAAACAGACCGUUUAUGGUGGCUCAACACCAUUUGGGGCAAUCUGAUUAGAACGUAUACCCAUUUUAUUUAACCUUCAUCCUUUAAAUGAGUUUCUGCUGAGCAGAGACAACUGCCCUUGCUGUCCCUUAGUCUAUGAACUGUGCCCAGUCCCAGAGAAUGAGCUGCCUCUUGGGUUAAUAUGACUUUUGGUUUGGAAAUAGAAUAUUGUACAUUCAUAUGGUUGGAUAGUUUUUCUGGUUGUCAGCUGGUUGUGGUUUCAGUUCUCCUUUGCAUGCCUCACCUUAAAUGGCAAAGGAAAAUCUAUCUGUUCUAAUAAAAAUCUUCCAAACACA